UGUCUAUAUUUAUCCUCAACGAUUCGUAUUUACACGAAAUAGUUUACUAGGCCUAUGUUUCGUCAUGAUUUUUCCUUCCCCGACUUUCGGUGGUUGUAUUUUUCCAUCUGGCCAUAUAAGAUGAACGGGCUCUGCUUUCUUAGGUCGGGAAAACACGGCACUGGUACAAGCGCCGAAAAAGGGUGAAUCAAUUUGAGAGAGAGAGAGAGAGAGAGGGCGGGUUGGAGAGAGAGAGAGAGGGAGAGAAAGGACGAGAGGGAGAAGGGAGAGAAGACGCUGACUAUAGGCUACGCCUCUGCAGUUUAAGGAAUAUAUUAAAAGGAAAGUUUUUUACUGGGUGCAGCAGCACCAGUGAGUGAGAGCCCCAGGCCCCAGUCCUCAGUGUGGAGUGAUGGAGCUGCCCCGUGUUGAGAACUGCAGAGCCAGGCGACGGACACCCCUGCUGUUGAUGUGACGGAGACACGCAAGAUGUAACUCUCUCUCUCUUUCACAGUAACUCGUGGAUUCUUCUCAAAGGCCCCACUCAAAUCCCUAGACGGAGUAACAUCUGUUUAUGCACAUAUUUCUGUUAAACCCCCCUGGAAAGAACAGAGAUAGACGGAAGAUAAAACACCUUUAAAAAUGAAAUAUUAAAAGGAACAAAUUGCCACUGGAGAAACUAAGCAAAGUCAACCUGGUUGAGGAAUCCAUCAUCUUGGGAUCAACAUCUUCGGAGAAAGGGCAGGGUCAUGUCCCAGUUGCCAUGCGCAACACCACGGUGACCUGCCUUCCCUGCCCCUCCCCCCUCCUCCUCCUAUUGGUCCAGCUGCUACUGCGGCUCCUCCUCUCUGGGCCAGAAUUUGUAGGGGCCGCCUCCCCCUGCCCCACCCAUUGCAGCUGCUCCAAUCAGGCCAGUCGAGUCAUCUGUACGAGACAGAGUCUGGAUGGGGUACCUGAGAGCAUAUCAGUCAACACACGAUACCUCAACCUGCAAGAGAAUUCAAUAGAGGUUAUCAAGUCAGACACCUUCAAGCACUUGAGGCACCUUGAGAUCCUGCAGCUGUCUAAGAACAAAAUCAGUCAGAUUGAGGUGGGAGCAUUCAAUGGCCUGCCCAACCUCAAUACGCUGGAGCUGUUCGACAACCGCCUCACCCUGGUCCCCUCACAGGCCUUCGAGUACCUCAGCAAGCUGCGGGAGCUGUGGUUACGGAACAACCCCAUCGAGACGCUGCCGGGCUACGCCUUCCACCGCGUGCCCUCGCUGCGCCGGCUGGACCUGGGAGAGCUCAAGAAGCUGGACUACAUCUCAGACGCCGCCUUCGUGGGCCUGGUCAACCUGCGCUACCUGAACCUGGGCAUGUGUGGUCUGAAGGACAUCCCCAACCUGACGGCCCUGGUGCGUCUGGAGGAGCUGGAGCUGUCUGGGAACCGUCUGGAGAUCAUCCGGCCUGGCUCCUUCCAGGGCCUGGUGUCGCUCCGUAAGCUGUGGCUCAUGCACUCACAAGUGAAGGUCAUCGAGCGCAAUGCCUUCGACGACCUGAAGAACCUGGAGGAGCUCAACCUUUCCCACAACUCCCUGCACUCGCUGCCCCAUGACCUCUUCACCCCGCUGCACCAGCUGGAGCGGGUGCACCUCAACCACAACCCCUGGGUGUGCAACUGUGACGUGCUGUGGCUCAGCUGGUGGCUGAAGGAGACGGUGCCCAGUAACACUACGUGCUGCGCCCGCUGCCACGCUCCCCCCGGCCUGAAGGGCAGGUACAUCGGGGAGCUGGAUCAGAGCCACUUCACCUGCUACGCUCCCGUCAUCGUGGAGCCGCCCACCGACCUCAACGUUACCGAGGGCAUGGCUGCAGAGCUGAAGUGUCGCACGGGCACCACCAUGACCUCGGUCAACUGGCUCACGCCCAACGGCACCCUGAUGACCCACGGCUCCUACCGGGUCCGGAUCUCCGUGCUGCACGACGGUACGCUCAACUUUACCAACGUCACACUGAGGGACACGGGUCAGUACACCUGCAUGGUGACCAACUCGGCUGGCAACACCACGGCAACCGCCGUGCUUAAUGUCACUGCCGCCGACGUUGGCGUCAGCUACUUCACUACUGUCACCGUGGAGACGGUGGAGCCCAACGAGGGCCCGACAGUCUACGCGGGCGUCAUGAACAGCCACAACGAGUCAUACGUCAUUACCCCGUCUGGCCACCUGUGGAGGGGGGGGCUCCCUACCACCGCCUCCUCCCUGUCAGCCUGGUCCUUGUCCUCGUCCCGGGCCACCCGGCCCACCUUUACUGUGCCCAUCACUGCCGAGACGGGCUAUUCUGGCCUUGAUGACGUGAUGAAGACCACCAAGAUCAUCAUUGGCUGCUUCGUGGCCAUUACCUUCAUGGCAGCCGUGAUGCUGGUGGUCUUCUACAAGCUGAGGAAGCAGCACCAGCUGCACAAGCACCACGGCCCCGCCCGCGCCAUCGAGAUCAUCAACGUGGAGGACGAGAUUGGCGCCGGUGCCGGUGGACGCGGGAGCGGUAUCUCAGGGGGCGGCACCGUCUCUCGGGAUGGAGGCGGAGGGGGCGGAGUAGGAGGAGGGCAGAGCCUGAGGAUGCAUCACCCGGAGAUGGUCAACCUGCCCAACCUGGCCAGACAGGAGCACCUCAACCACUACUACAAGGCCCACCACUUCAACAACAACAUGAUGGGCCUGGGCAUGGGCCUCAACAACAACAACAACCCCUCCCUCUCCCCCUGUUCCCAGACCCAGAGCACCCCCAACUCCUGCGCACAGGGGCACACCUCCACCAGCGGUGGCACCCCCACGGGUGGCUCGCUGCCCUCCCCUUUGCCCCUGCCCCAGCUGGGCAUCCACAGCUCUCUGAAGGGGCUCAUGGGGAAAGGCCAGAACCCUCAGAUCGAGCCUCUGCUCUUCAAGAGUGGCUCCAAGGAGAAUGUGCAAGAGACUCAGAUCUGAGAGAAAGAGAGAGACAGAUGGAAAAAGAGAGAGAUGAAGAGACAGAAAACAGGGAGAUGGAGGGAGAGAGAGGAGUCUGAUUGUACUAUCCCCAUGGCCAUAUUUCGAUAGAAAGUGUAGGCAGGCAGAAUAUGAAAUAUUACAUAGACACUGCUUUGUAUGGUUAGUGCAUAGAGAGUGAGAGAGAGAGAGAAAAAGAGAGCGAGAGAGAGGAGAGAUUGUUCUCACACCUCUACUGUGUCUGCUCAACACCCGUCCAAGCAUUAACAUCUUCUGAGACACUCCAAGACACACACAGACACACACAGCCCGACACAAGGACAGGAACAUUCUAUCAGCUAACACAUACACAGUGCAUUAUGAGAUUGACAACUAUGUGCCAAACUUGUGCAUAUCUGUGCCAAAGUAAAAACCCUCGCAAUCUAUAUAUCCAUCCGCAGCAUUCCCAGACUGAAUCAGGUGACCAGGUUCAAUACUCAGACACAAUAAGAAUCACCAUGGUUAUAACUAAAUACAGAUCACCUCGUAUAUUAUCAGAUACAAUCCAAGUCACCAUGUAAAUAUAGAGAUAAGAUCUGAGUCACUCUGUUGAAGUAGGCGGAUAAGUGUUUGGGACUGUGUCAGAGCAGUACAGGGCUGCCCAGACGCACUCUGUGGAACAGCACAGAAAGUAAACCAUUGUGCAGAACACAGUGUCGGACAACAAGCAAUGUGUAGGAAGAGGAAACAACAUCAACACUGGGUGUGUUUUACUUAGUGGGCUCAAUCUCACUUUCUCCCCUCUUUCACACCUCACUGGCUACUCUCUUUAAAGGAGAGGAAGGUAUAUGAAGUGAAUCGUCGUAAAAAAAAAUGUAAUAGCAAAAAGGACUACGAAAGAUACAAAUAAACUGUGAAAGUACAUAUUAUAUAUAAAUAUAUUUUCAUUCGAAGAAAUAAAUUAUGAAGAAUCUUAACCAAGUUUCUGACUAAAUAGCCACAGCUUCUGAAGAAUAUAUGAACUGCUGUCAUAGCGGUCAUCACUAUGAAAACUUUGUUUGGCUAGAAACAAGAUGGCCGACAUUCUGUGCUGGAAAGGGACAUACUGUAGUGGAGGAUGAGCAAGAGCUCAAAUUGGAAACUGGCACAGUGUUUGAUUGAAUUUAUUUUGGCUUCAAGUUUUGUAGCAUCACAAAGCGUUCUCUCUCAUGCCACAUUUACAUAAACAGGGUCGUUGGAGAAGGGGGAUCUUUACUCUCCAUUUAAUGAGAACAUAUGAUUACAAAACUUCACCCUUAGAUACAAACAAUAUGGAUAUUGUAAUGAUGAUAAUGAUGAUAAUUAUAAUAAUUCAGUAAAUGCUUAUCAACCGUAUACUGUAGAUAGCUCUUAAAAGCAGAUAUAGGUUUAGCAUGCUCUGAUUCAAGUGGUAAUAUCUAAAAUUGCAAUGUGAUCGGUUUCAACUUUAUGCACUCAGUAUAUCUGUAUGCAAUAUAUCAUGAUAUUGAGAACAAAUUAUUAUAAUAAUUAUCAUCAUUAUUACUAUUAUUAUUACUAUUAUUAUUGUUAUUAUCAUACACUGAGUGUACAAAACAUUAGGAACACCUUCCUAAUAUUGAGUUGAACCCCAUUUUGCCCUAAGAACAGCCUCAAUUGGUCGGGGAAUGGACUGCAAGGUGUUAAAAGCGUUCCACAUGGAUGCUGGGCCAUGUUGACUCCAAUGCAUCCCACAGUUGUCAAGUUGGCUGGAUGUUCUUUGGGUGGUGGACCAUUCUUGAAACACACGGGAAACUGUUGAGCUUGAAAAACCCAGCAGUGUUCCAGCUAUUGACUAUUGACUCAAACCGGUGCUCCUGGCACCUACUACCAUACCACGUUCAAAUUCACCCUCUGAAUGGCACACAUACACAAUCCAUGUCUCAAUUGUCUCGAGGCUUAAAAAUCUGUCUUUAACCCGUCUCCUCCCCUUCAUCUACACUGGUUGAAGUGGAUUUAACAGGUGAUAUCAAUAAGGGAUCAUAGUCUUCACCUGGUCAGUCUGUCAUGGAAAGAGCAGGUGUUCCUAAUGUUUUGUACAGUCAGUGUAUAGGUGGCAGAGCAGCCUAGUACAUCCUUAUGAAAGGGAUGUUUAUAAUUGAUCCAGUGGGGAAUGAUUUGAUUACACAUGGAACGAUGACGAUCCCUUCAACCACCAUAUUUACUCCAACAACAGGGGAUGGACUGUGUUCCACCAAACACCAACCUGCAGAAACAGGAAAUACAUGGUCCUCAAAAUGGCUGCUCCCAGCCCAUGCCUCCUCAGAAACUCCUCUGUUUUGUACAACAACACCAGUCUCAGCCGAUCAGGACCUCUCAUUUUAUUCUGUUGUGUAAAAGACAGGACAUGAACCUUUGUCGAAGACUGCUCGUUUGCAGAGGAUUAUAUCAGAACUCAGUGUUCUCAUGUGUGAAUGGAAUUCAUGGCAGCAGGGAGCUAAAGGAGGACAGCAUUUUGAAGCGUUUGAAAGGUAAGAGAAACCUAUUCAAUGAAAGAGACAGAAAGCCUAGAUGAAUCAUAUGGUGAUGGGUGAUUUUUUUUUUUUAAGGAAAAGGACAAAUAAAUGAAAAAUAUAGAAACGUAUAGAUCUCUUUAAAAAGCUAUUAAGUGUUUUUUCAUUUUGUUUUUUUAUCUAGUUUGAUUAUUUCCUUUUGAUCUUUUUUUAAAUCAAGUGUUAUCUCAAUUGUAAUAUUGUUAUUGUUAUUAUAAUUCGCUAAUUACACUGGUUAUAAUUCUGAAAGAUGUUCUGUCAGCAGAAGUCACAUUGAGAAAUUAAAAUACCUGGCACACAAAAUGGCGGUUGAACUCUGUGAAACUUGGUGGCAUUAUUUUUUUGUGUUUUUUUCCAUUUAAUUGAAAUAUCACUGUUUGUGUGUAUCCCUUUGGCUAAUACAGCUGUGCUUGAGAUGAGACACACAGAAUGUGAAAUGGCUGGCGAGGGGUCUUUUCCUGCACAAGGAGGACAGGAUAGUUCCUGCUUUGAUUUACAAGCUUGCUCACGCUCUCUCUCACUCUGUGAUUUUCAGAAUGUCAUAGCUAUCAGUGCUCCGAGUGUGAUUUCGCUAAGUCAACACCCUGUUUCCAUGACUACCUACCCUCAGAAUAAUGCGCCAAACAGCGUCACAGCUAGCACCUCAUAUGGUGCCCGAUGCCCCCUGUCAAUCAUGUUCCUUUAAGACAACAUAUCUCUCUACAAGCCGGCCAGUGUUCUUCCAACAGUAGCAAAUCACCUUUCACAGUGUGCCCAUAUCCUAACACAAUGUCCCUACAGGUUCCUGCCACCAGGUUUCCCUGGCAACUGUUGCAGCUGCGACAGUCCUCAUCAUAGCGUCUUGAUUUGGGUUUCUGAUGCAAAUAUGAGGGAACAGGCCGUAUAGAAGGCUAUUAACACAUCCAUGGUCCUCGCAAUAGAUAUUUAUAUUUUUUCACGGCGCUUAAGCAAGUGAUUUACACAUUCAUGUUACUCAUGGAAAUAAUGAACAUAUUCCAUUGGCUUAUUCCAGUGACUUACAUCCUGUAUCUAUAUCAUCUACACACACUUUUGAUUUACUUAUGCAGUGAUUUACAUCGUCUAUAUCACUUCUACAUGUCAGCUGCAUAUUCCUACACCAGUGCUGAACGUAUUCAUGUACCUUGCACUUGUGAUUAACACCCAUAUCCCAUGCACCAGUUAUUAACAUAUGUAUUUUCCCAACACCAGGGAUCUUUAAUCCCCUCACUAGUUAUUUACAUAUUAAUGUGUGUGUGUGUGUUCAGUGGUUGUGACAACAACUAUUCCCCCAGUACUCUGGAUGUGACUCCCUGCCUGUUUUGUCACAUCAGAAAGCAUUAUGAAGCCUUAUGAAGUGUCACAGAGAAAAGCCAAGUUAGAAAGGCGUAGUGGCAGAACAAGUUUUGCCAGUGCCCCACAGUCCCAGUAACAUCACUGCAGUGACUGAGUCACACAGCACUGAACACACACUUAACACUAAUGGAAACGCUGUAUUUACUGUGCAGGAAGAGACCCGCUCGCUCAACCAUUCAGAGAAUAAGUCAAGUGUGUGUGUGUGUGUGUGUGUGUGCGUUCAGUUACGGUACCUACAGUAGUAUUUUCGAUUACUAUGGCAACUUGAUAUUGUUUCCAUUAUUUAGAAUGCAGCUAUAUCAGUGUGUGUGUGCAUGCAUGCGCCUGCUAGGUGAGUGUAUGUAAUGUGUGGGUUGUGUAAAGAGGAUGCAGAGAGAGAGAAGGAGGGAGGGGGCCAGUCAGACCUCCAUUUUAAAUCCCCAGUUUAAAGCAGUUCUCUGUCUGUUUCCCUCUGCUCCAGGCUGUUCUAUGAUCCUCUCACUGACACCUUAAGUAAAAAUGGGAUUUCUAGUUAAGCAGGGUUUCCCCCCCCUCUCCCCUCUGCCUAUUGGGAUAAGCACAAGAGAUCAAAGGUCUGCUCUAUCACGGCCAGUCUCUUUAGCAUUCCACUGGCCUCUGCCUCUCUCAACUCGUAGUCAAUCUGAGGUUACGAGCUUGUGGUCAAGUUGCGUGUCACACUGCCCUAGUUAUCCUCACUGUUAAACCAGCCAAUCAAGGCUAUAGUGUUUCCUAAUUGGACAGGGGCCGAUGGCCUCAGUUAUCUUGACAUGUUUGGCUGUUCUAUCUCAGGUCCUGGUCUAAUGAGACAAUAUUAAUCAGGCGUUUUGAUAUACUUAGGAUGUGAUCUUAAUUAUCUUAAUUGGUAGAACCUGCUGUGUUCUGAUCAGAGCAGUUUUUUAUGUCACCUUUAUUUAACCAGGUAGGCCAGUUGAGAACAAGUUCUCAUUUACAACUGCGACCUGGACAAGAUAAAGCAAAGCAGUGCGACACAAAGAGCUAAAGAGUUGGGAGGUGAUCUUUGUGUUUUUAGAUAGUCAUGUUUCAGGGGCCUUAUUUGAGCUUGAGGUGAGCAUAGCCUUGUUUAGGUGAGACAACACCUUUAGGGAACCAGCCAGGUCCACCAUUGGAGCUGGUCCCAUAUGUGGGUGGUGAACAGAUGUAAGCCAUAGAAUUAGUCGAUUGUUAUCUUCCCGCGUAGUUUAAUUUAAUUCUGUCACCCAACCAUUUAAAAAUAGUUGUGAAAUGACAGUGGAGCCGCUACAUUAUUGAUACUCAUAGUGUCAAUGAUGCAUACGCUCCAGCGCCAAAUGCAAAUGCUCCUCCCAGUUGUCAAGGCCAGAAGUGUCAAACCGCUGUAAUUUAUAAGCAUUAUUAUUGCUAUCAUAUUUUUUAAUGGCCAUCAGAUGGCCUAUGAAUACAGACCCAAAGAAACCUUGCAGCUUCUAUUGUCACACAUCAUGAUGAUGAUGAUGAUGAUGAUGGCGACUGAGACGGUGGAACGUUGUAGUCUGUAGUCUCUAGUCUCCUAGUUUAACUUUACGUCAUUGUCAGACUAGUAGUCAGUGGGGGAUUUUAUUACUAUGACGCCAGUCGGUCUUUAGAUGGGUUUUAAGGAAGUCUACUUCUACAAGGCUGGUGUUUAGAUGCUCUCUUGGUUAUUCUGGUUGUGCGUGUGGUGCUGGCUCAGAGUAUUUCCUGUCCAUAUUCUCCCUGUGAGGUUUUGUGGAGGUUGAGAUCAGAUGCUCAUGGACGUCAGUCUGCGCCAUCCGUGUGAUUUGUACAAGAGCCUGCAGCCACUUAUCAAACAGGCCUCCCUGUUGCCUACACACAUACGUAGGAGCACACAUACGUACGUGUGCACAUACACACGCACAAGCACAUAUAGGCAUGAGCGCACACACAUUUGCAGAUUGACUGACUGACUGACAUUGACGGACUGAAUGAUUGUGAAUGAUUGAUUGAAAUGGGUUUUCUUAAUGAUGUGUGUCUUUGUGCGGUGGGCUUAACACAAACCUCUCGCCAGAUCCCAGCAGGGCUGCGGUUCAGAGGCUGGGGCUUUGUGUUCUGUGAAGGUGUCCUUAAUUUGACAACAGAGAGACAUUUAACAUAUGGCUUAUUUCAUUGUUUCCUUGACAACCAUGUCCUCUGUCACAAGAUGUCCGUUUUGGUUGACUUGGGCGGCUGACGUGAGGGUUAGCGUGCUGUGACGCGGGGAAGAUUAUGACUUCAUCUUCUGUCGAUGACUGUUCUGUGCUAGAGGUCAGGCAACCUCAGGCGGAGAGGUUCAAAUGAGGGGAAGUUUUAUUUUUAACAACCAAAACUACUAUUAUUUAGAUUUCAUUUGUUUUUGAGAAACUUACCCCAACCAGUGAUUCACUUCCUCAUCCCCGUAAGGGGGCUCUGGAAAAACAUGAACUAAAACACCCAUAUACGUUCUUUUAGGAACGGCAAAGCUCUCAGUAUAUAACAUCUAAAGACCUGCAUCACUAUUUUGAGAGCUCAUCCGUUUCUGCAAACUGGACCCUUCUAUAACAUGCCAUUUACAUCAAAAAUAGAGAUUUGGUUGCAAAAAAGCAAAAUUCUCUUUUAACAGGGAGCAGUCAUCACUGUUACUCCAACACUCUAAUGGGACAUGCUGAAAAGCCUCUAAUUGUGGAGUCCAGCAUAAUGGAUCUGGUCAUCAGGCUAGGCCUUCCUGAGCACACCGUAGCUGUGGUAUUCAGCUGGGACACUGUUCGUCAUGUCUUUGAACACCCUGUUCUGAGAAGGAACAUUAUGGAACACUUCCUUCUGAAGGUUCUAGAACAUUAAGAUCCUUGUUUUUGGAAGUUCUAGAUGAGAGAAAUUGACUCCCCUAAUCCAAAGUGUUCCAGACUUGAGAAUUGGAACCGCUUAUGACAGAUGUUCUAGAACACUCUGACGUCCCCUGCAAUGCUCGGGAACCUUCCCUGUUGUUCGGGGAUGUGUUGUGGAGUUGUUGGAUUCAUAUCGGAAUGUCCUGAACCAUCGGCGACUAUUAAAGGAUGUGCUGAGCCAGCAGCUCCUCUCCUCUCAGAGGACAAGUCUCCCAACAGCAACACACAUUCACCCCCCUCUGCUACUCUGCUCUCCUCUUCUCCACAGCAACACAGCACACAGAUUUACAGUUUAUGGGCGCCUUGGCUCGCCAUCAUAUUCACACUCUACUGUGUCUGAUGUUUGUUUGAAGCUGGGCGGCGGCCAUAGCGUACAUUACAAAGCUUUGAAGUGCAAAUGGCGGUCUGCCCUGCUGCAUCCUAUGGAGGGCCAGUGUAGAAUAACCACGGUGUGAGAGGAAUACGCAGCCAGGGAUCAUGUGUUGAUAGUCGUUUCCUUGUGUGGGGAUAGAGCGGUGUCAGCAACCCAGUGUGAUGCAGGGUCAAACCAGACGCCAACACUGGUGGUCAGAACCUCCCUAGUCAGCCAGGCAGCAGAGUAGAGCUGGAGGAGGAGUCAGGGCUCUGAGGGCUGACCUGACUAAGUCGCUUAAAAGCGUUUGCUAAAUGGCAUAGAAUUGUUCUAUUAUAUUACCUCCAGAAUCAAUGCAAUGAACCAACUUGAAAGGGAGAAGCAGAGUAGCAGUAAACAUUCAUCAAUAUGAAGUCAAGUUUAAUGGGGCAACCCUCAGUUCUAACAAAGCAUCUCCCCGCCAUUGUUUCGGUAAAAGGCUGAGGGAUUGGGCAAUGUAACCACUCUCAAAUUCAUAGGCAAUGUAACCCCUCUCAAGUUCAUAGGCAAUGUAACCACUCUCAAGUUCAUAGGCAAUGUAACCACUCUCAAGUUCAUAGACAAUGUAACCACUCUCAAGUUCAUAGGCAAUGUAACCCCUCUCAAGUUCAUAGGCAAUGUAACCCCUCUCAAGUUCAUAGGCAAUGUAACCCCUCUCAAGUUCAUAGGCAAUGUAACCACUCUCAAGUUCAUAGGCAAUGUAACCACUCUCAAGUUCAUAGACAAUGUAACCCCUCUCAAGUUCAUAGGCAAUGUAACCCCUCUCAAGUUCAUAGGCAAUGUAACCCCUCUCAAGUUCAUAGGCAAUGUAACCACUCUCAAGUUCAUAGGCAAUGUAACCACUCUCAAGUUCAUAGACAAUGUAACCCCUCUCAAGUUCAAAGACAAUGUAACCACUCUCAAGUUCAUAGACAAUGUAACCACUCUCAAGUUCAUAGACAAUGUAACCACUCUCAAGUUCAAAGACAGAGCUAUGGAUGCAAGUACUGACCUCGCAUCCAUGAUAUCAACACUCUAGCUCUAACUAUGUUUUAAGGCUAUACAGUGUUUGUUUACAUUUACUUUGUUUACAAAUAUUGGAGUAAAACAAGCUAAUAGUUGAUUCUUCAAGAAUCAAUGCGUACAUUGAAUGAAUACAUCUAUUGAUGCUCAUGGACACAUCAUCAGUGAUGCAACCUGAGGUCAUUUGGUGUUUGGGGUCUUUCAACAUGAAUUUAUAAGGCCCUUUAACUGGAGAUAUUGAUUUUGUCUUUUAACUUUUACAUUUUUUAAAACUUGCUGUCUCCCCCUGUCAGUUUGGGAGGUGUGCUGCUGUCCUCAUUGGUGCUGAUGUAUUUAUUCAGGCUGGUCUCCUUCAACCUCCAUCUCUGACACCCCCCUUUGAUACUUUAUUUUUACCUCGCUCCACACCAUCAGCCACCAGCUGGCAGAGUGUGGCUUCUAAUGGCCUCAAACCCUGGUGUUACUUAACACGUUUACCUCGUGUUUACCAUACAUUUACCUCACAGGAGGUUGGUGGCAUCUUAAAUGGGGAGGACGGGCUCGUGGUAAUGGCUGGAGCGGAAUCAGGGAAUUGGUAUCAAAUACAUCAAACACAUGGUUUCGAACACAUGGUAAUGGCUGGAACGAAGGCUGGAUAAUGGCUGGAACGAAGCCAUUCCAUUUGCUUCGUUCCAGACAUUAUUAUGAGUCGUCCUCCCCUCAGCAGCCUCCUGUGCUUUACCUCAUAUAUCCAACAUGGUCGCCCACAGUGUAUACCUCACUCACCACAGAACAACCCUUUUCCCCUCAGGCAGACAACUCCCUCAGACAGAGAGACAGACAGACAGACAGACAGACAGACAGACAGACAGACAGACAGAGAGGCAGAGAGGCAGACAGACAGACAGAGAGGCAGGAGGAAUGAGCGAUGAGGUUGACUGUCAGAGGACACUGAGACGUCCUGUCACUCCUUAUCCUGUCUGGGUACUGGCCUGGGUAGGCUACACUGUAUCUGUGUGUAUAUACACUGUAUUUGUGUAUAUCUGUGUGUGUACGAGUGUGUGUGCCUGUCUGUAUGUGUGCGUGCAUUCCCAUGUGCUUGUGCACAGUUGUGUGUUUAUGAGUGUGAGCGGUGUGCUUGGGUAUAAGAGCAUGUGUGUGCAGCGUGUGUAAGAGCAUGUAACGUGUGUGUGUGUGUGAAGAAGAGAGAGGGACAUGAGGGGGAACGCUGCGGUGCUUAUAUGUCAACCAGUGCUGGAGGGGCCGAUGACUCCAAUCCUCACCCACGGGAAGCAAAGGAGCAUGGCUGACUUACCCCCUUUCUCCUUGUCUCCCUUUUCUCACCCUGUCCCUCAGAAAUGUAGAUGAAGCAUCAGUCCCUGCCUGUCCCUGCCUUGAUCUGAGUCUCUCUCUCUCACACACACACACACACACACACACACACACACACACACACACACACACACACACACACACACACACGUUACUUCAACCCUAACUCUCUCUCAGGAAAAAAGGGAAAAUUAACACUACAACAAGCCAACACUUGAGAUAUUUCCUUCCCUUUGUUUAAUUAAACAUAGACUCCAUCUGCUCUUUUGGUUUGCUUCUUCUUUUCUUCUGCAAUAUUGACUAUGGUUGUUCUCGUGAUUGUUUCUUAUGACUCUGUUCUAGCCUGUUCUAACCAUGGGUGUGUGUAUUAACACUGGAAACAUGUCACGUGUGUGUGGAGGAGGGGUCAUUUGUUCUGCUUAAAGGUUCUGUGCCAAAUCUUUUUCAGACCAUUCAACCUCUGUUCAUGUGCCAUACUGAGACAUUUAUGGAAUAAAAAUGAUGUUGUUUUUUCACAUUA